GAAGAUGGAAUGUUACUUUAUGGGACGUCAUAUGAUAACAGUGCUUGUGGGCGUGCAGCGUUUUGACAAUUAUUUACUAAAACACGCAAGAAGGCUCACUCUGGCGGGAUUAUCGUGAACAGUUCGCGUCACGUUAAACUGUAAACUGUUUACUUUUUGGGACAAAUGGAUCGGUGGAAAGGUAGAGUAGCUCUUGUGACUGGAGCCUCCGUUGGAAUUGGAGCGGCUAUCACGAAAGCUCUUGUCCGACAUGGCAUGAAGGUGGUCGGCUGUGCCAGGACCGUUGAGAAGAUAGAGAAACUGGCAGCAGAAUGUCAGAGUGCUGGCAUGAGUGGCACUCUCGUUCCCUACAAAUGCGACCUGUCAAACGAAGAGGAGAUCCUCUCCAUGUUCUCCGCCAUCAAGACCUUGCAUCAGGGUGUUGAUGUGUGCAUCAAUAACGCAGGCCUAGCUCACCCUGAGCCACUCCUGAGCGGCAAAACUGAUGGCUGGAGGACGAUGAUGGAUGUCAACGUCCUUGCUUUGUCAAUAUGCACAAGGGAGGCAUACCAGUCCAUGAAGGAAAGAAAUGUGGAUGAUGGACACAUCAUUAACAUCAACAGUAUGAGUGGGCACAGAGUGGUGCCCACCUCCAGCGUUCACUUCUACAGUGCCACCAAGUAUGCCGUGACUGCACUCACCGAGGGACUCCGACAGGAGCUCCGGGAAGCAAAGACCCAUAUACGAGCCACUGCCAUAUCACCUGGUCUAGUGGAAACAGAGUUUGCCUUCCGCCUCCAUGGCGAUGACCCUGAGAAAGCUGCUGCAACAUAUGCAAGUAUAAAAUGUUUGGAGGCUGGCGACAUAGCCAGUGCAGUGGUGUAUGUCCUAAGUGCCCCUCCUCAUGUACAGAUUGGUGACAUUCUGAUGCGGCCCGUCGAACAGGUGUCCUAACAUCAUGGAGGCCGGUCGUCUGCUGCUUUAAAAUCUGCUGGAGGGAUCUGCCGUGUCUAAAUCUGCUCACCUUAAGAGUCUAUCCCCCUAAAGGGACCUGCGAGGGAGUUUUGUAAAGUGCUUGGGCUUUGGGUUCCUACAGGUGCAACCCUGAUUUAUGAUGCCUGGUAAAUAAGGAGAGGAGCAUUGGAGACAGGGCCACCUUUUUUUCAAAUUUUGGCUAUAUGGUAUAAUAAUAUAGGUUCAGAUUCAUUGUGACUUGAUGGUACACGUGAGUCACACUGUGGUGUGAAUCAAGUUUAUUUUUUAAAGAUGAUGUUGUAAUGAGUGUUGAUAAUGAGUAAGCCAGGAUGAUCAAAAAAUCUAUUGCAGACCCAUGAAUCAAAGUCACAUUAAAAUCCACCCAAGCAAGCGGUAAACGCGCAACCUAGUUAAGUAACUGAAAAUGCAAGAUAAACACAACCCACAUUUUUGGGAUACUUUUUUUCUUCUUCUAAAAACUGACUGACAGAUACCUCAGUUGAUGUAUACCUCAAGUCAGGAGACAGUGCUAAAUUAAAUGGCCUCAUAUGUAUUUUCUUUUUUAUUAUUAUGUUGCUGGAACAAAUAGCGACUUCACAUGUUAGGACUUCUCAAGAAACUGACUGCAUUUAUUAUCUAAGUAGUUGUAUUUGGCUAUGAAAUACUUGAUUUGGCUAUUUUUUGGGUAGAAUUCAAGCUGAAUGUUAAACCACUAAGUACUGAUUUACCUCCCUUCCUUAGCUGCUAAUUGUUUUGAUUUCCACAUGUGUUUCUUUCCUUUUUUCUUUUUUUUGUACAACUAGUAGCUGUUCUUGCAGACAACUACACACACACAGCACAGGCACUCAGUAACAGUGGUGAUAAAGGAAUGCAAGGGUUUUGCAAUGAUUACUUCACUACAACCUCCAGACAUGUGAGACAUCAUGUGUCGCACAAUAAAAAUGUGUAACACAAAAAUAAAAGUGCUAUAAAUAAAUAAAUAAAAUCAUUGCAUCCUG